AUGGGUGUGCUCAACCUUCGGCUCCAGCUGCCUCCUGCUGUGCCUUCGCACCAUUAUGAAUCUCCCUCUGAAACCGAUUUCCUGAGGAGAUAUAAAGGCCCUUCUGAUCACUGGAUCGGCCUGUACAGAGAAUCAUCAGGACAGCCUUGGAAGUGGACAGACAACACUGAAUACAACAACACGGUUUCCAUCCGAGGAGUGGGAGAACACGCCUACCUGAAUGACAAUGGAAUUAGCAGUGCCAGGGUCUAUGCAGAUAGGAAGUGGAUUUGUAGCAAGCCCAACAGCUACAUUCUCCAGUGCUAAAUACCUUCUACUUAUUUUUAGAGUGUAGCAGAGGUGCAUUUUAAUUUGCUAUCUGCAGUUGUAAUUAUCAAACUGCUAUUCAAAGUAUCAAAUUGUUAUCAAAUGCAUCAUACAUGUAUUGACAGCAAAGAUGAAAACUAGCUUAGAGGAUUACGCACAUGGGACAUAGAAAUGAUUCUAAAUUACAUAGGGUUUUUCAGAUGAGCUGGUUCUCAUCUUAUAAAGCUAAAGUUUAAUCAUAUCGGUAAAAGUGAACUCCACUUCUGGGACAAUGAAUUUUUGCACAUAGUCAGUCUUUGCUGUGAAUACAUGGGAUCAUAAAGAGAGCAGCAAUGAAAGUCAUGGAAGUGAUUUUUAAUAAUCAUAAAAAAGAUGAUAAUUGGCCCAUAGUCUUCAAAAUCUUCAAGGUCAUAUCUACAUUUUUUUACAAAGUUUAAUUACCAACCUAAAGGAGAAUUUGAAAGUAUUAAGCUAAGAUUUACUGUACACUUUAACUUAAAACAUUAAGAACAUUGUCAAAAAACACUUUAGUUCUCAGUGUCCAUGUUUUCAAUUACAGUGUCUUAAGUAAAUAUAAUAAAGACAAAUGACAUUUUAAUUUCACCAUUAUAUUGGAUUUAUUUCAUAACAAAUGAUAGUUAAUUACCUAAACUCUUAAAAUACUUUUAACUAUGCGUGUGUGUGUGCAUGCGUGCGUGUGUCUGUGUGUGUCUUUUUGUGUGAGUGUAUGCACACAUGUGAGGGUGCCCUGAGAAUGAUCUUCCUGGUGCUGGAGUUACAGACAUUUGAGUCACACAGUAUGGGUGGUUGGGAUCAAACUUGGAUCCCCUGCAGGAGAAAUGCAUGCGCUUAACUACUGAGCCAUCUCUCCAGCCCACUUCUUAUUUAUUUAUUUAUUUUAAAUCUU